AUGAACCCCCAACAUUCCGGAGCGGCAACGCUGCCCAAGGGCUUCCGCUUCCAUGACCCGGACCAGCAGAACCCCAAAACACCGGAGCCCUUCUCCGUGGAUGAGGAGUUGCAGCCACCUUCUCCGCCGCGUCCUCGGUUGAAGCUGAAAAGACGCGUCGCAUCCAACCUGACCGCCCCAACGUCGCAGUUCCUCGCGUCCGUUGCUGCUGCCGACGUGCCAAUCCCUAGCAUCGAAGAGCCGGAAUCCUCUAGCGCAAACAUGCAUAUUUCCAGCAUGACAUACCCCGUCAUCCACAACCUCAAGGACCUGGAUGGCCUCGGGAUACAUAAACUUCGCGGCAGGCGUUUUUCUCCACCCAAAACGCCAGCACCCGGCGCCGCUCCUUCGCUUUCUCCUCGACGCUACCCCAACUGGUCCAUCGACUCUGCCUUCAGUAGCGGCGAGUCUACCCCAGAGUUCGAGUCCAGCCGUCCAUCCACGGCACGGUCCACCCAAACCAGCGCAUCCCUUUUCAGUCGCUUCUCCAUCACGUCCGAAGACCUGCAAUGCAUUAGUCCCGAGACUGACGCAUCGGAUCACUUUAAGCAAUCGUUCUUUGAUGGAUUUGAUGAGCCUGCCGAGCUCCCUUCCAAGCCCAAGUCAAAGAGACGCAAGGCUCCCUGGACGAAGGCUAUGAGCGAUCACCUCUGGACUACCUACCUCACGUAUCUCCAAGACCCCAAGGUCACGCCAUUUCGCACUGGCAAAAGCUGCAUCCCUCCCCAGGGCGUGUGCCUUCGCGUUGCAAGGGAAGCGAAGAGGAGCUGGAGAGGUCCCAAAGGCGGAAGAAGGUCGUUGAACCCCAAGAGCGGAAGUAACACGCCAACCGUCGAGACUUGCACCUUUCUUCAGUGGCCGCAUACUUGUGCGGCCACUCGGGCUCAUUUGAGAGAGCUGUGCAAGUCGAAAGCGGCCUCGUCGUCAGCCCGGACAAGCCAGUUCCUCGCCAACAGCCCGACACCUUUCGGCAGAACGGCGGCAAGAUUCUGGAACCGUAGAUCCACUCCGGCCCGCUCUCCUUCCGUAUUUACGGCGCAUGACAUGUCCAUGUCGCUCACCCUCAGCACUUCAGAAGCCAUGCAGCCCCAAGGCCCUCUGGCACAGCUUACAAAGUCGGGCCCUGAACUUACCCAGGAGCCCAUGACAGAGCCGUUCCCUCUACUCCCCGUAGAACCCGGCAAGUUGGACGUUCCUCUGGACGAACGCCCACGACUUGGGUCGCCAUUCAUGGCCAAGAGCUAUGGGCCUAGCUCCACUGGCGCGUUGGCUGCUGCCGUCGCUUCGGUGCCGCAAAGACAGAACCAGAGCCUUGGCCACAGACGCACUCUCCAGUCGCCGGCGCGCCUGACUAGAAGCCGGUCCAACACGCAGAAGCGCAUCGGAAGACCUAGACAGGCGUCCCAUGAGCCACGAAAGACAAAGCGACCCAGUCUUGUCUCCGAUCUUUGGACCGAACCUAUGCCCUCCGGAGGUCGACCCAAGACACCACUUAAACCAGACAUCGAAUUCAGCUCAACAGACAACCACUCGCGCGAUGACCUCUUCGUGCCCCGAACAAAUCUUGCUGGGCUCUUUACGGCCCCGAUGCAGAUACCCUCAUCCCGGGCCCAGCUGUCGGAUUUAUCCGAUCCUUUCUUGGCUCCGCCCAACGCACCGCCUCCAAGGCUAGGAUCACCAUUUCCUGGAUCAACCACCAGCUUUUCCUUCCCAAACCGGUUCACGCAGCCACAGGAGUUUGAUCACGGCACUAUCCGUCCCUUUGCAACCGUUCAACAAUCCGGUGAAGGUAGCUCGGCUCCUCCUCGCAAUCUGGCUGACCGAUUGGCCUACAUCGACGAACGUCUUCGGGACUUCAGACGGCGUGACACCAACCGUCGCCGAUCCGAAUCCCCCUUCUAG